AUGACGGAGUUUGGGAUUGUGGAUUCGUGGACCAAAUUUUAUACAAUAACAUUAGACAUUGGAGUUGAGCGGCCUUUGUUCUUCACUAAGACUGAAGAAAUCAUUUUCCUGGAUGUUGGAAGAUAUGCUUUAGUUUGUAACUUAGGGACUCAGCAAAUGGCAUUACUUGGAGUUAGGGUGACUAGUGAAUCCGAUUUCUUCACAUUCACGAAAUCAAUGGCCCUUGUGGACGAAAGCAAUAAACCUGUUCAAGUUUUGGAUGAUGAGGUUGCCGUGGCCGGUUGA